AUAGUCGAGGAGCCCCAAUCGCUACCGUAGUCAUCGCAUCCACCACCAGUUGGUAUCACGCCAGCGAUCGGCUUAGACGUUCAGUUCCAUUCAUCCCCCCGAGUUCGCAACGCAACCAUAUGCCCCGAGUAGAGCGUGUGAGAAAACCAGAUUUCGCUCCCCGAACAAGGAAAGUUUUGCCCGCGAAUUUCGUUUCUACCGUCCAGCGGACCAGUUCUGGAUUAUUAAGGGUUGUGCACACCUACCUGUAGAUCCGUCCCGUCCGUCGUCAGUUCUUGGAGGUCAGUAAGUCGCCAAGUAUCGCUACCGUAUUGUGUGACCUGUUCGACGACGACAAAAACGGGUCGAGUGUGUCGUGAUAUGCUAAUUAGGUAGGUCGUCUACGCAGUUGAUGAAUGAACCUGCAGCAAUCAAUGUGGGAGUAUUGCAUUGGCUAGUGCUAAGUAGUGUCCGGAUUGCACAGUUUUGUCCCGCCGACGGGACCGUAGAAGAGAAACGAAGAAGAAGUGCAUCGACGACGACGACGACCGAAGUGCAGUUAUUGUGUCUUUGUGUGCCUUCGAGUGCUCGUUUUUGCGAAGAAAUUGUGUGUCGUGUUGGCUCCAGUUAACCUGCAAUCCACGCAAUCAGCUGCUAUGCUGCAGUGAUGCAUGUGCUGUAAUGAUCGGUUUUAUGUGAGAGUUGGAAAAGAAAAAAAAACAGAAAUCUACGCAGCGACGACCCGAUGCAUGCAGCGGUCAGUGGAUUUUUAGAGGCCAAACAGUCAAUCAGCAGCAGUGUGAACUAACAGCGAUUUCCAAAUUGUGUAAGACGAAUAGCUUCUUGCGUUUCUGUGAGCGACCUGAGCCGCCAAUUUGGAGGUGUGUACCUACUCAAGCGAAGGGGCUUGAGAUAACUCAGUCAAUUGCGUCGCCAACGCACGGAUAUCAACUGAGCAGUUCUGUUGCUCAGCGUCGAGGGAUUAUCGGAUAGCGCGAGAAAAAGAUUGCAGCUAUCAUCAGCACUAACCCCACCGACUCAGUCAUCCUCCCAAUUUAGGGUAGUACAGGAGGACACUCGAACCAUCAUCAACCCCCACGUCGUCAUCGUUGUCUGUCUGACAAACAACGAACCGAGGCAGCAGCCAUCCUCUGGAUUGUUCCGUUUUUUUUUCCUGGCGAAAACGAGUUCACAGUCUGGUGAAAGGAGCAGUCAUAGAAUCAUCAAUAACAACCAUUUCCAAAACGGUUGAUUAGAACCACGGAAGUGACAAACGACAAACGAAACUGAGCGACAACCCCCCCAAAAAAAAAAGAACAGUGCAGAAACCGGUGCAAAUUGCGAGUUUCUUUUUGGGGAAAACCCACGAAUCGGAAGACACCUCGGAAGACAGGCGAGGAGGAUUUGCUUUCGAUUAUCGCGACUGCAACGUUGCAUGGACACAAUGACGAUUUCAGCCAUCCCCCCGGAGGAGCCCAUCUGGUGCCUGGAGCGCCGCCCAUCCGGCCACCUCUGCUGGCGGCGGGAGUCCUCCAAGGUCAAGUUCCGCUUCGACGUCGAAGUGCUCGAGUUCACCAAGGAUCCCUGCGAAGACCAACUGCUGAUCACCGACAGCGAGCUGAAGGACAAAAGCGGCCACCAUCAGCUGGCCAACAUGUUCGUGGUGUGUGCGACCUGUGUGGCGGCCAUUGCCGUGACGGUUAUUGUGCCCUGGUUCGUGCUGACGUCGGCGUAGGCAGGAUCAGGACCAUGGUGCGGUCUGCUCAGCGGUUAUCCGAGAGAUAUUCAUGUUAGGUGAUCAGAAGUGAUCGAUCGUGCACACGUACACUCACUCAUACUCCCACACGUGUUAGCUUAGGGAUGCAACGAUUUCCACUGUUUUAUUUUUGUAAAAAGAAUAUGUGAAUAUCCAUGAACGGCACACGUGUCUCUUCGGUAAAAGUGAGGUUAGAAUUCAUCUCCAGAAGAUGGAAAGCGAUUGUUUCUAGUUUUAACAUUUGAUAAGAGACCUAUUUUAGGGAAAGUGAUUUUCAGAGAAGGUUUUAUACGAAUGAUAAGGAUGUACAUAUAUAUUUGUUAGGGAACUUUUAGUGUUAUUGUAUUAAGGAGUCACCAGUUGCCUUUUACUACGAAAUGCAUGAACCGAUCUUGAACGAUCGUUUUGGAAUGUUUAGAAAACUCACAACUUAUUAAUCGAUACCAAGAACCAAGAUAAAUAAGCAAACCCCCGUACUCGUGCUUGUAUAUUUUUAGAAGAAUUUUUCGCAUCUUUUAAACACAAAACGAAACGAAAACAAGACGCGUCGAUGAAAGGUCUUCUUUCAGAACGAAUAUCUACUGUGGGAAAAGUGCAGCAAAGGCGAAGUAAUUGGUCGGGGUCCACCGUUUGCGGAAACGAUUGGGAAAACAAGUCGCUCCAUUUGUUGGGGGCUUGUGUGUUUGGCGUACGAAAAUAACCUCCCACCGAUAGCGCCUUCAACUCAACUUUACCCCCAAAGUUGACGCACUAGGGUGGCCCAUAAUGGUCAAAGUUCAAACAUCUUAAGUUACACCACCAUUUCUUUUAAAAUUUGAAUAUACCUAUAGCACGGGCAGGGCUUGCUCGAUUUCCUCCAUACAAAUUUAAAGCUCAUCUAACCUCAAUUUCAACUCAAACAUUCACAUCAGCAUCUGAGGACCUAUGUAAACAAAUUUGGCGCUGUAACUUAGGAUUUCAAAAGUUUGAUUUUUCUCAUACAAAAAUGAGCCACUCUAAUACCCACACAAGAUGGGGUAAAGAAAUUAAGCGCGUAGUACGUAUCUGUCUGGACGGUCGGUGAUGGUCGGUCAUUGUGGCGAAAAUGUUUAUGUGCAUUAUUUCAGAAAAUUGGAUAUUCGGUAGAGUGUUGCGCUAAUCUUGUUGUUGCAAGUGCCAGACACAGACUGAUUGUUGAUUUUCCACCGUAAACAAAAUGUGAUCAUUUGGCUUCGAGCACGCACCUGGUAGAUCAGUCGGAGUGAAUUUGCUGAAUGAGAAAUGUGGAAGGUAGAACGGAUCUGGUUUUGUGUUUCUAAGGAGGAUGUUAUUUGUAUAUAGUGAGUAGUCUGUCUGUUUCAGAAUGUACUUUUAUAAUCGUGAUAGGAAAUGAUGAAGUUCUGAAGUACCUAACUCAAUAUUAUGCUUUGAAGGGUCUUGAGUGUGUUUCACUGUCUUUCUUCCACAAAAGGGAACGGUAAAAGGUGAUAUUGAACGAAAUAGUUCGCAAAUAACUUUAUACAUAUUGUAUGUUAUCAAGUGAUAAUAGCGUUUAGAAGAAGAAGCAUGAGAAAAAUAAGGAGAAAUAAAACGAAUAUUUAAUGAGAGAAA